GGAACUAUCCUCUAAUUGAUUAGUGCUCGCGCCGACGCGUCGUGAUUAACUACAGUUAAAUGAUUUCUCUGCUACAACAUCAUUAACUAUUAACAACUUUUGUUCAAUGGAAAUAUCCGAAUCUCCACAAACGCCAGAACGAUGAUGGACGUCGACAGGAAAAGAAACCUGCAAGAAAAACAAACAAAACAAGCGAGUGUAAAGGUUCGUGUGGAGAGGGAACCUGGUUCCAACCUGAUCUCCAACUUGGCUUUCUGGAGGCAGAGCGCCCCGCCCUCCUGCUCCUUAUAACCAGAAAGCCUGUUUGCAGGACGCACAAACACAACAGGACACACUGGAGACCACACCGCCGUGCACGAACCGCUCCUGGAGACCGACUCUGGCUACAAAGACCUUACGGAUUACUCGGGUUGCUUCAGCCUCAUGACCGCGAGCGAACGACCAGAAGCGGCCAUGGAUUUUCUCAACCACAACUACUUGAAUGCGCGCGGCCCGUAUGACUAUACUUUUAAUUUCUGGAACGACUAUCUUGGGCUGACGACGUUGGUCACGAAGAACAACAAGCUGAGCAUGCCCCAGAACCCCAACUCCAUCACCGAGUCCCUUAAAGCCACCCUGGGCCUGGACGAUUCCCCGCCGUGUCCGUGCGUAAUCGCGGGCGGCGUUGGGGAGAGCGGUCACCUGGACUGCUGCUGCCCGUCCGGGAGCCCCCCGCCGGCCUCCAUCCUGGAGCUGAAGGAGCGGUUCUCGAUACUCAGCCCCUUCCAGAACCAGCUCGGCGUGCAGCUGCCGGAGCGGGAUGCGGGCUUCGGCGGGAGCUUCGCCGGGUUCGACCUGUUCGGCAUGGAGAGGAAGAUGCGCAAACCCGCCUCCAGGGGCAAGCAGGAGCCCAAAAUCUGCGUCUUCUGCCGAAAUAACGGCGCGCCCGAGGAGGUGUACGGCUCUCACGUCCUGAAGACUCCGGACGGCCGGGUCGUGUGCCCGAUUCUGAGGGCUUACACCUGUCCCCUGUGCAGUGCCAACGGGGACAAUGCGCACACGAUCAAAUACUGUCCGCUGUCAAAAGACCAGCCAUCCCAGCGACCGUUAAAGGGAGGGAGGGCUGUGGGUGGUAAGAGGAUGAAAAUAUUCUAAACAGGCAUGACUAUAAAGUAAAUUGAAUUGCACUGAACUAUUUCCAGAUGACUGUUUUGAUUUCGGCUUUAGCCCAUAUCCCAGUUUCAUAAACGUAUUGAUUUUAUCCUAUUAUUUCUCUAAGAUCUCUUAUAUUUUUAUAGUUCUUUUAUCCACAUAGAACAAUUUUAUGCUUUAUACUUUGGAUUUAUUUUUCUCGCUAGUUUAUAGUCAUUUGAGCGUGUGCAUACGAAUACAUGUAUCAAUAAUCAAAGUAUUUUGGUCGUGUAGGGAAACACACUGACAUUGGCAAAAGGGGACGAAUGUCAUAUUUCUACCAAGUAUUUUUGUACGGCGAGCUAUAAGCCCGCUGUGAUUUUUCUUUCUCGUCUUAGAAAACCAAAGUUAUGUUUGCCAUUAAAGAAGCUUAAGAAUGUGUCAUUGAUGAGUGCUCGUGUGUGUCUGACUGGAGGAGGAACUCUUGGGUCCCAUCUGCCUGCCUGCCAAAAAAAAAAAAAACUCCACAACAUAUUUUCCAACUUGCUUUCAAAGUUGACAUUCAAUCUGCGAGGCAGGAAGAAAAAAAACAGAAAAAAACAAGCAACAAUGUGGCCUCUGUUUAGGGCUCAAGUUCUCUGAAGGACAUCAUGAUCAUUUGUUGCCAAGCCAAACGUUUACUCCACCCCUCCGACUUCUUCUGACUCCACCGAGUCAGAAACGAGAGGCGUUUCUUUUAUGUUUACAUUCCCAAUUGAGGGCGACACACUGGAUUUCCUUUUCUCUGUCGGGUCUCUCUUUCUUCAUGGUGUUUCUCUGUUUGUUUUGGUUCUGUUUGGCCUCCCGAGGGUCUCACGGCCCAGUCUGUUCACUGAGAGCGUGGGUUGACAAAGACAAAAAUGAAUGUUAGCAAACAACAACAUGUUAUCCCGUUAUUUCUUUUCCUGACGACCCCCCCCCCCCCCCCCCAAAAAAAAACCUACAAAAAGAUGCAAACAUGUUGUGGAAUGUAUGAUUGAAAGUGUCACUUGCAGGACUGCACAUUUCUGACAGUUUUGUUUACCAAAGGAAUACAAUUGCAUUGAAGAAAGAGGAGAGAUUUGCUGUAUUGUACAUAAAGUGAUGUUUAUUCAGUAUUUUAACAAGUGACUUCAGAGGGCGCUACCUCAACAGGAUUUUGUACUUACAUGUAAAAUGUCAACAGCAGUUUAUUGAUAUAGUGCUGCCGUUUAUAAUAAGGGUUUUUGAUAGUAUUUUUGAUCUUUGUAUAACAUAAUUGUAUUUUCAUUUUGUCGCAUUGAACAUGACGGAAGUGAAUUUCCAAGAAGCUAUAAGCGUUGCUCACCAAAAGGUGAUUGUCUGUAAAUAACGAUUAUACCCGUACUUUUUAAAGUUUAGUUGGUCGAUGUUGCAUUGGGAGAGAGUGGUCGUGGGAAAAGGCUGACACAAUUUGCCACUUUUAACAGAGGAUUUUUUGGAUUAAAUGAAUAAUAGAAAAAGAAAACACUGUUGAACUUUGUUAUUUAUAUUUUACCACAAUUUCCUGUAUGCUGCUGUGCAGAAUAACAACAUAUGAAUCCACUAGAGAAAUAAAAAACCUAUCAAAUA